AGAGAGAGAGAGAGAGAGAGAGAUGGGGAAAAGAGAGGCAGAUGAACAGAGAUAAAGCUGAAGCUAACGGAGGAACCAGGCUCUUGGGAUGCUCCAACUCUACUGAAGCAAGCCAGUUUCUACAUGUCGCUGCAGAGCCAGCGCGCAAACUGACAGGCCUGAAGCCUCAACAGCCUCCAAACCAGCAUCCAGCUGGCUGAUGGCUGCUCCCGCUGAGGUGUGAGGAUCUAGAUAACCUUCAUCUAUACUCUGCAUAUAAGAAGUUCCUGUCUGCUGUAAUGGGAAUCCACUAUCUUUGUGGCAACUAAUAUUCCUCUCCAGAGAGACUCCACACCCGCCUAGUCUUUGCAGAAGUGAUAGUUGAGGAUUAUAAAAAUCAUUUAAUGCCCCAUGAGAUACUAGAAUCCUGUUUUUUCCAGGUGAAACAAUGAUCCUGUUGCUAAAUUGAGGCGCAUGCUAAGAAGAUAUACACUCGCUGAAGAUUUGUGGUCACAGUUUUGGGAGUAAAAACAUCAGCAAAGCCCAAAAGCAACCGAAACUCAUCCUUAUUUGGAGCUAUGCCCUGUCCAUCUCUUCCCUCUUCGCUAUACCUUACUCCCCGCUCAGCCUUUUUCAUUGGACUGCUGCUUCUCACACACUGGGGGCCCUCAGAGGUCACUUGCCAGAAUGACACUGAGCCGAUCGUGUUGGAGGGAAAGUGUCUGGUGGUGUGCGACUCCACCCCCUCAGCGGAGCCGUCGGGUAACGCUCUGGGUAUGUCCGUGAGGUCAGGGACCGGACGGGUGGCGUUUUCAGCCAUACGUAACACCAACCACGAACCCUCGGAGAUGAGCAACCGUACCAUGACCAUCUACUUUGACCAGAUCUUAGUAAACGUCGGCAGCCAUUUCGAUCCAGCGAGGAGCAUCUUUGUGGCUCCCAGAAAAGGAGUCUACAGUUUCAGCUUUCAUGUGGUCAAAGUUUACAAUCGGCAGACAAUACAGGUGAGCUUGGUUCUCAAUGGCUGGCCUGUGAUCUCGGCCUUCGCAGGUGACCAGGAUGUGACCAGGGAAGCUGCCACCAACGCCGGGCUGGUGAUGAUGGAGAGAGGGGACAAGGCUUACCUCAAACUGGAGAGGGGGAAUCUGAUGGGAGGGUGGAAGUACUCCACAUUCUCGGGGUUUCUGGUGUUCCCCUUGUAGGGUGGGUUGAGUAAGGAGGGUAAGGAAGGGUAUAAAAUAAAGAUUGUUCUGGGGCAAGUGUUACUUUAAAGCCCUUGACAUAAAGAAGGAAGCAUCAGUGGAUACAGAUCGAGUCCCACGCUGAAUCUGGAAACGACAUUAAACUGCUUUGAUGCAUCUUUACAUGUAUCAGAUGAAUGGAUGAAUUCACUUUGCGCCAAAUAAUCCUGAAUGUAAUUCCCAUUUCCACUGCACUGUUAUGGCCUCUCGUCUGUUGUCUGACUACUGUAAUGUGUCGUCUGUGCUUGCUUACACCAGGUGUCCACCUGUGUGAGGUCAGUGAUUUUCAUUUAAUGCAUGAGACACGACAUAGCAAACAUUUGUGGCAAUAAACAAAAUUAUUGUGGCAGUGUCUAUACUCUGCCUCUUAUCUAUU